AUGAUUGAGAAUGAGUAUGUGGAUCUUAAAUCAGAUCCACAAUACGAUCACCGUGUGAAGUAUGAGUGUUGGAGCAGAAGCUGCACUUUGACCAUCACCGACGUGAGAAAGAGCGACUCAGGCGUCUACAGGUUCAGGUUCAUAUCCAACCACCCUGAUGGGAAGUUCACUGAUGGCCCUGGAGUGACCUUAUCCGUCACAGAUGAUCCAGACCUUCAUGUGAAGGUGAACAGUGUUUACGGUGAAACCUGUAACAAAGUGAUUUACACUGACAGAAGCAUCUGCGCCGUCAAAGAAUCAUCAGUGGAGAUUUCCUGUACUUAUAACAGUUAUUAUAGAUCCAUCACCUCUAAGUACUGGUUCCGUUCUAACAGUAGUCUUCAGUGGCAGAGUCCUUCACGGCCUCAGGACCUUCGUACAGGUCGUGUUCAGGUUCAUGAAACAACAAAAGGACGCUCCACUCUGAGAAUCUCUGAUGUGACAGAGACGGAUUCAGGACAGUACGGCUUCACAUUCAGAGCAGGAGGCUUUGAGUGGGGCCGUAGUUUAUCUGGACCCAGUCUGACUGUCACAGCUUUACAGGUGCAGGUGAACAGAGUGAUGGCGAUCGACCCGUCCUCUGUUCAUGUAGAGCUGAAGUGUCAAAGCAGCUGCCGUCCUAGAAGCUCAUCAUACGUGUGGUUCCAGAACGGACGUCAAACAGAAUCCACCACUCUUUAUUUUACAACACGGAUUAAUUCUGGUGACAACUUCUCCUGUGCUUUUAAUGGACAUGAGAAUCUCCGCUCUCCAUUAGUCUAUGCUCCAAAGGCUCCUUUAUUAAAGAUGAGUCCAUCUGGUGACAUAGUGAUGAACAGUCCAGUGACUUUGAACUGUAGCAGUGACGCUAACCCAGCAGCUAAUUACACCUGGUACAGAGACUCACAUCCUGAAUUCACCCAUGAAGGUCCACAGCUCGUCUUCAGCUCCAUCCAGUCGUCUGACUCUGGACGCUUUUACUGUGAAGCUGAGAACCAGCUGGGGAGGAGACGCUCUGAGUUUGUCUCUAUCAAUGUGGAAUAUGCUCCAGAUGUUCCCUCAGUGUCAGUGGUUUCCUCUGGUGAGAUAGUGGAGGGCAGUUCAGUGACUCUGACCUGUAGCAGUGACGCUAACCCAGCAGCUAAUUACACCUGGUACAAGGAGGAUGAACAGGCACCAAAAGCUUCAGGACAGAACUUCACCAUCAGCGACGUCAGAGCUGAAGAUGGCGGCAAAUAUUCCUGUGAAGCCCAGAACAGCAGAGGGCGACGUAGGUCUGUCAUCCAUGUGACUGUGGUCACAGGUUGGAUGAAAUCAGCAGCUGCUGGAUCAGUCAGUGUCGUCAUUGUGCUCCUCGUGUUCCUCGUUGUCUUCCUGUGGAUCAGAAAAAAGAGGUUCUUCCAAAGGACACCAGGACACGUGGAGGUACGAUGCACAAAGAGGCAGCUAAACGCAGGUCCAGAGUACGAGGUGCCUCCGGCUGCAGCUCCCAGAAACCCAGCGGCGCCGCAGGACGACCUCUUCUACGCCAGCAUCAGCUUCUCUAAGAGCCAGGACGAAGCGCUGUACUCCAACGUCAGAGCAGCGCCGCUGCAGCGACGCGGCGCCGAGGAGGAGGAGGACGUGGAGUACACGAUGGUCACCGCCCAGGGACUUGGUGCCUCCUCACAACCGAGGCGUCGAGAGGCUGAGGAGGAUUCAUUUGCUCUGUACAGCACCGUGAACAAAGCCCAGAGAGCAUGAACGCGCUCAGGACUCGCAUCCUCCGGCGUCAAGACUGAAGCAACAAGGCUUUAAAACGGCGUUUAGAUCAUUGGAAGAUGCUUUAAGCUUUUGAGAUGAGACUGUUUACACUGAUAUUUUACUAAAUAAAGAACUAAUCAUGGGCGGCACGGUGGUG